AAAUCCUCCCUUUUCGUAUAGAUUGUAGACAUGGAUUCUUCUUCUUCAAAGACCCCCGUCAAGCUCGCUAGAGUUACAAAGGUUCUCGGCCGUACCGGUUCUCGUGGUGGUGUCACCCAAGUCCGUGUUGAAUUCAUGGACGAUACCAACCGUUCCAUUAUCCGUAACGUCAAGGGUCCUGUUCGUGAGAACGAUAUCCUCUGUCUCUUGGAAUCCGAACGUGAAGCUCGUCGUCUCCGUUAAGAAACUUUUUUUUAAAAUUAUCAUUUUGUGGAAUCGCCAGCCAAUGACAGCAUCUUCUCUUAUAAACGUCGAUUCUAUACAUGUUUUUUAACAAAAUAAAAAAUAACCUCUUUUUUUUAUAUAUAUAUUAUAUAUACGUAUUUA